AUGGGCUGGGCUGGUGCUCGGAACCUGUUCCUGUGCCUGAGCCUGGCAAAGUGUGAUUUUAUUUUCGAUGAUUCUAUUUUUCUGCUUUAUACAGGACAGGAAGACAUGGCUGCCACCGACGACUUCACGAUAGAGGCCUUCACCCUGCUGGCUCUCGCCAUCGUCACCAUCGCCGUGCGCAUCGUCGCCCGCUGUCUCACUGUCGGGGUGAAGAACUUCCAACUAGACGAUUACUUGAUGCCGGUGGCUGGGAUAGUCUACGGCUUCGAAACCGCCGCCGCAUACUGCGUCGGUGCCUGGUGGAAAGGCCUCGCCAACAACGCCAUGACAGACCAGCAGCGUCUGGCCCUGGACCCGGCGUCCGAGGAGUUCUCGCUCAGAGUCGGCGGCAGCAAAACGCAGGUCGUGGGCUGGAGUCUGUACACGACGCUGCUGUGGCUGCUGAAGGCUUGUAUGGCUAUUUUCUUUUCCAGAGUGGCGGCCGGCCUCGUCAACAUGACCAUUCGCAUUCGUCUUGCUUACCUUUUCGUCGCGGCCACUUAUAUUGCAGUCAUCUGCUCGAUUCUUUUCGGCUGCCACCCCAUGAGCAAGAACUGGCAGAUCUAUCCCGACCCGGGGAACUAUUGCCAGCCGGCUGUCUCGCAUAUCGACGUCUACGUGACAGUGACGUUGAAUGUCGCGACGGAUGUAUAUUUGAUUUCGAUCCCGACGCCAAUGCUAUUCAAAGCGCGUCUCCCCUGGCGCGAGAAACUCGAACUCCUCGUCCUCUUCAGCGGCGGCAUCUUCGUCAUGGCCGCGGGAAUCCUCCGAUGCGUGCUCAUCGUCACCGCCGGAGCCAACGGCGCCCAACAAGCCGGCAGCUGGGCCUGUCGCGAGACCUUCGUCGCCGUGAUCAUCGGCAACGCGCCCAUGAUCUAUCCCCUGUUCCGGCGCAUGGCGCGUCGUGCGGGCUGGUACAUCAGCACGACGUAUGGGCACGGCGGGAACACGUCGCAGUCGUAUCCUCUUUCGGAGGGCGAUGGCAAGCAGGCGAGUCAUGAUGCAGAGUCGACGGCGCAGAGUCGGAAGAAGAAGUUUAGGCAUCCGUUGUCGAUUCCGGAUACGCAGUGGGGGGAGUGGGAGAGGUUGAGUGGUGAUGGGGAUGAGAAGGAGGGGAUUACAGUGGUGAGGGAGACGAUUGUGAGGAGUAAAGAUAGGAGGGACAGUAGUAUCUUAUGA